CACUCGACCCGCAGCAGGAGAGGAAACAACCAACUUGCCGGGGUCUCAUCCUAGAGAUGCGCGCGCAAAACCUCUGAUUCCUCCUCCUCCUCCUCCUCCUCCCCCCCAUCAUCCCUCACCUCACCGGGAACAUCCAAACAGCCUACGACGGGCAGGGAGGCAAGACGGGAGGCAGGAAGGAAGGAAGGAAGGAAGGAAGGCACGAAGGACAUACAGAGGAUUGACACAAGCCGGUCACGAUGCGCGGAUCUCCCCGCCACGGGACCCGCGUGGGACUGAUGGUGCUGCUGAACGCGCUGCUGCUGCUGCUGGCGUCGCGGGCUGCGGAGAGACAGGAGUCCACGGACCAUGUUGUGGUUCAGUUCCACGACGAGGCGCCGGAGGAGGACGCGCGCCAACUUGCAGCACAACACGGGUACCAGAGUGCACGCAAGGUUGCCUUCGGAAAGGGGCUCUACCACUUCUACCCCCAGGACGCUUCCAGGAGGCGGAGCAAACGUGGCGCCGCCAGCAGACAGCGGCUCCAAAACGACGGCAGGGUGAAGAAGGUUGUGGAGCAAGAGGGCUUCAGCCGCCAGAAGCGAGGCUACCGAAAUUUAAACGAGAUGGAAGUCAACAUGAGCGACCCGCUGUUCGCCAAGCAGUGGUACCUGAUCAACACGGGCCAAGCAGACGGGACGCCCGGCCUGGACCUCAACGUGGCCGAGGCCUGGCAGCUGGGCUACACGGGGCGAGGAGUCACCAUCGCCAUCAUGGAUGACGGCAUCGACUACCUGCAUCCCGACCUGGCAUCAAAUUACAACGCAGAUGCCAGCUACGACUUCAGCAGCAACGACCCGUACCCAUUUCCACGCUACACAGAUGACUGGUUCAACAGUCACGGAACCAGAUGUGCCGGGGAGGUGUCGGCGGCCGCCAACAACAACAUUUGCGGUGUGGGCGUGGCCUACAACUCCAAAGUGGCAGGCAUUCGGAUGUUGGACCAGCCAUUCAUGACGGACAUCAUUGAGGCGUCAUCCAUCAGCCACAUGCCCCAGGUCAUUGACAUCUACAGCGCCAGCUGGGGGCCCACCGACGACGGCAAGACCGUGGACGGCCCCCGAGAGUUGACCCUUCAGGCUAUGGCUGAUGGGGUCAACAAGGGCCGAGGAGGGAAGGGCAGCAUCUACGUGUGGGCAUCAGGAGAUGGUGGGAGCUACGAUGACUGCAACUGCGACGGUUACGCCUCCAGUAUGUGGACCAUUUCCAUCAACUCGGCCAUCAACGAUGGACGCACGGCGUUGUACGAUGAGAGCUGCUCCUCCACCCUGGCGUCCACCUUCAGCAACGGACGCAAGAGGAACCCGGAGGCUGGCGUGGCCACCACAGACCUGUACGGGAACUGCACGCUGCGUCACUCGGGAACAUCGGCGGCGGCUCCCGAGGCUGCCGGCGUCUUCGCUCUGGCCCUGGAGGCUAACCCGGAGCUGACAUGGAGGGACAUGCAGCACCUCUCAGUGCUGACCUCCAAGAGGAACCAGCUCCACGACGAGGUCCACCAGUGGAGGAGGAACGGCGUGGGCCUGGAGUUCAACCACCUGUUCGGCUACGGCGUGUUGGAUGCGGGCGGCAUGGUGAAAAUGGCCAAAGAGUGGAAGACGGUGCCCGAACGCUUCCACUGCGUGGCCGGAUCCAUCCAGGAGAACCAUAAAAUCCAGUCCGGCACCAAGCUGGUGCUGGCCAUCCCAACCGAGGCCUGCGAGGGCAAGGACAACUUUGUGCGCUACCUGGAGCACGUCCAGGCGGUGAUCACCGUCAACGCCAGCCGCCGCGGCGACCUCAACAUCAACAUGACCUCGCCCAUGGGCACCAAGUCCAUCCUUCUGAGCCGACGGCCCCGCGACAACGACUCCAAAGUGGGCUUCGACAAGUGGCCCUUCAUGACCACCCACACCUGGGGCGAGGACCCGCGUGGGACCUGGGUGCUGGAGGUGGGCUUUCACGGCGACGAGCUCCAGCGGGGCGUCCUCAAGGAGUGGACUCUCAUGCUGCACGGAACACAAAGUGCGCCUUACAUCGAGCAGAAGGUGCGCGACUACCAGUCCAAGCUGGCCAUGUCCAAGAAGGAGGAGCUGGAGGAGGAGCUGGACGAGGCCGUGGAGAGAAGCUUGAAGAGCUUGCUGAGUCAAAACAACUGACGCCCCGCCUGCAUGCCCCCAACUCGCUCUCAUCUCGUCCUGACCCCAUCUUUCUCUUCUGCCCCCCCCCCACUCUGCUUUUUCUACAUUCAAUGAAUGUUCAAUGUUAGCGACUCCAGUGUAACCUUCAGUAACCUUCACAGAGGAACAUCAUCAUUUUUACACUUGAACAGAACUGUACAUAACGCUCCGGCUUGAUCGCCCCGCCCCGCCCCGCCCCGCCUCCC